AGUUCGUUGGCCUUUUUGGGAUCUAGUGGCUGAAGUUUCGAGCAUUAUCUUGGAUUUUUUUUUUUUUUUUACUCAAGAUUUGGCAUUCUACACUGAGGUCAUCAUGAAAUUUUUUCAACUCCUGAUGAAAAAGAAGGAACUUAUUCCUUUGGUGGUGAUCAUGACGGCGGCAGCGAGCGGAGCUUCGUCUUUUGCUGUAUAUUCCCUUAAGAAAAACGAUGUGAUCAUUGAUCGAAAAAAUAAUCCAGAACCUUGGGAAAGUGUGGACCCUAAUGUACCUCAAAAGCUUAUAACAGUCAACCAACAAUGGAAGUCCAUUGAAGAGUUGCAGAAGGUCCGAAGGGCAACCAAAUGACCAGUCCUCACCUCUUUCUUCCAAGGAGGGUUGUAUGAAUCUAGUACUUCCUGCACAAACUAGAUAAGGGAUACCAGUAUGUGGAAAUGCUUCUGCUACAUUUUUAAGGCUUGCCUACAUCUUUGGAUUCUGGAUAAGGAAUUAUAAAGGUAGUGCAGCAAUAACCACAUAGUCUGAAAAUAAAUUUAUUGUUGUAAAUUUGAAUUUUGCAUAUUGAAAUGUUUAUGUGUAUGAUGCCUGAAUAUUUUCCUUAAAGUGUAUAAAGACUUGUAAAUUAGAUUAUCUAUAAUAAAAUACCAUU